CUCCACUACACUCCUACCUCAACAAUUUCUUCUCUACGCCGCAAUCGACACAGACAUAUAAUGGGCUAUUCACGACUCUAUGCCUACGCCUGCCCUCCAUGCAUUCGACCUCGCCCCGCCAAAUCCAUCUUCCUACUGAAGUCAUCCUUUUGAUCGUCUCCCUCGCCGCUACCAACGCAGAUAACAAUGCGCAACGCCAAAGAACCAUGCAUGUCUGCUGUCUGGUUUCCCGCCAGUGGUACUCAGCGGCCAUUGCGUUCCUCUAUGAGAAACCCCGGCUAGACAAGGGCAGGGCGUUCUACAAAUUUACCGACACAAUUAGCCCGCCUGUCGCGUCGCGGAAGAGCAAGAUGAAUCUGGGGAGUAUGGUUCGGAGGCUAGAUUUGAGCUGCCUCGUGCAUCAUAGCUCGAAUAGCUUGACAUCGAGGCUGCUUGGGAAGGUGAAAGAGAACCUGGAGGUGUUUAUCGCGCCCAGUGUCACUUUUGCAGUCAACUGCCUCCCAGCCCUCUCCAAGUGUCGCAACAUCCGACACCUCGAUCUAUCCCUUGUCGGCGAGCCCCUCCCUUUCCAAAAUCUCAAAAAGGCCCUCAGUAGCCUCUCCAAACUCCUCACCCUCCGACUCCCCCGCUCCACCUCCCUCGAUGAAUUCCAAGCCCAAGGAUCGGAAUUGGUAUCCUGGCCACCACAUCUCUAUCGUCUCCAAUUUAGCGGCUCCUUCUCGCCCACCGCAAUUCCGUCUUUUGCCUGGCCUCCUUCUCUUACGUCGUUGACACUGAAAAACUGCUCCAAUCUCUCUGUGAACAAUCUCGGCUCUCUAAUAAGCAGUCCCCACCUCGCGGCCUGCCUGUCGCGUCUCACAAUCUCCGGCUCAAACCGCAACCUCUCACCUGAGUCCAUAAACGCAAUUCCCGCCUUCCUUCCUGGACUGAGCUUCCUCAGCAUUCCCGGCGAUCUAGUCGAAGAAUCCUUCUUCGACAUGCUCAAUUACAUGGUCCCUCCGUUAGCACUAGAAGUACUCGAGUUUGGGAAUCCAUUUUUCGAAGAAAUGCUGGGGUUCUCGACGGCAUCGCUUGUUGAAACUUUUGCGACUGGUUUGGGGAAUCUGAGGGCUGUGGGGUUUGCGGAUGCGUUUCUCACUGAGCAGAGGAUUCAGGAGGAUGAGGAGAUUGAUAAUGUUUUGCAGCGGAGGAUUAGGGGGAAGAAGCCUGCCUUGCAAACCGCGAAUGGAGACGGGGUGGUCGACGACUAUGAUAAUAACGAUGAUGAUCCUGACGUGGGUGUAUAUUAUCUAUGAUUUAUUCGCAUAUUGGCACAUGUACAUAGUGCAUUUUAUGAUUGACGAUUGCAUGGUGCAUAGGAGUACAGGAUAUAAGUAUCGAUAGCAUGAAGGUCUUGGAUUAAUGUAUCAUAUCAACUACCAUAAUCGGAAGCAACACGAUAUCCGUGAGAUCAA